UCCCAUUCGUAAUGUUUUCGGCGAUUUGCCACUUCCUCCAUUCGAAACUGCUGGCACGUUUUGUAUAGUUCCUGGGACUUCACAACUUAAACUCUACGUGGGAUUAUGGAUAAAGCAUAAUAGUCUUCUUUAAAAAAAAAUUAAAUUCACAAGAAAAUGGGAGUUCGUGGUCUAACUGGCUUCAUAGCCCGCAAUGCUGAGAAAUAUUUGACUCCAUACGAACUGCACGAUACCAAUUUGGUCAUAGAUGGUGAUAACUUGGCGUGUAAUUUGUACAAAGAUGCAUCAGGAAUUAACUCCGCAUUUGGUGGUGACUAUGAUGAAUUCUACAGGGCUGUGGUUAACUUUUUUGUGGUGCUGGCUGAAUGCAACAUCAAGGCAUAUGUGUUGAUGGAUGGUGGUUACGAACAACGUAAAUUGCGUACAGUGGGAAAACGUAUGCGCGGCAAAAUUUGUGUAAUAAAGCGCAUUAAUCCCAAUGCUUCCAUUACGGUUUUCCCUCUAAUGAUGAAGGAGGUUUUUGUGGAUGCUGUAAGGGAUUGUAAUGUCCCCGUUAUGCGUUGUGUCUUUGAGGCUGACGAUGAGCUGGCUGCUCUGGGAAGAAAGCUCAAUUGCCCCGUGCUGAGUUAUGAUUCCGAUUUCUAUAUACACAAUGUACGUUAUAUACCUUUGAUUACAUUGACCGUUAAGGCCCAUACAAAAACCUACAAGGAGAAGGAAAAGGACAAUGGUACGGAGGAUUCCGAAAGAAAAUUGCGAAAAACUGAAGCCAAGAAAUUGGAUAAGCGUACAAAAAAUAAUCGUGUAAUGGACACCAUUGUUGUCGAUAACAAAGAGAAAAAGCAAUAUAAAGGGAAAACCUAUAAAUAUUUGGAUUGUUGUAUGUAUCGCGUGGAGAAUUUAAUUGCCCGUGGGUCCCUGAGUAAGGAAAAGCUACCUUUGUUUGCCGCCUUGCUGGGUAAUGACUAUAUAUCACGAUCGGCAUUUAGGAAUUUCUAUUUGUCUGGCAUGGUUAAAGUGGGACGAGGUCGUAAGCCAAAUCAUCAGCAACGACGCAUAAGGCUCAUAUUGAAAUGGCUUAAAGAUGAGACUGGAGAAUCAGCCAUGAAUAAAAUUAUGUCAAGACUAAAGAAGAAUCAAAGAGAAUCUUUGAUGGCCCAAGUGGAAGCUGCUGUAAGUGGUUACUCCAAUGAACAAUGUCGUUCCUAUGAGUUUUUUAAACAACAUUAUGAAAAUGUCUUUGAGGACUUUAUGGACGGGGUGGAAGAUGAUGACAGUGAUCAGGAUUCUUGUUAUGAAUUAGAGGACGAUGAAGAUGAGAUUACCGAAGAGGAAGAAGAAAUCGAGGAAGACGAUGAUGACAAAGAAAUUACUGCAGCCCCAGAUAAUGACGAAGGAGAAGCGUCGGAAAUUGUUGAGGCCACCGAAGAAAAAUCAGAGGAUUCUGAGGCGGCAUCAGAAAGCGAGGAUGAUGAAGACGACGAAGAGGGCGAUGAUCCAAAUGAUAUAAUUUCCAAAUUUCCUCAAUGGUUCCUAGAUAAACUCUAUCCCGCCAAAUUACCAAGAUUUUUCGUGGAUCUAAUGCAUCUACGUAAAUAUAUAAAUAAUCCACAAAUUGAACAUUAUCCCUAUCAGGAUUGCAAUGACAUUGCUGUGCCAAUAUUGAGCUUAACAUACUCCCUGCUAAACAAUGUCAAAGGUGAAGAAUUUGUGGAAAGAGUCAAUGAAGAUGGUAGCAUACGACAUUUGUAUUACACAUAUCUGACACGAGCCACACGAGUCACCAAUAUCCAAUACAUUACGGUGGAAAUCAAGGAGAAACCAAAAUAUGAAUUUGAGCCGGAUAAACCCAAUCCAUUGUUAUUGCAAACUGUAUUCGAACACAAAAUGCCAGAGCUGCAAAGGGAACUACUGUUUAAAGAAAUUGAAAAAUUACCCGAAGAUUUGCGUUUAUAUUUCUUGGCAAUUGUCUACUGGAUGCACAAGUCACAACACUGCGAUUUAAUUCACCUGCAUGCUUUGCUAGUAUGCCUGGUGGUGUUAAGAACCAUUGAUUCGAAAAUUCCUCCCGAGCGAGAUAUUAAAACAUUCAAUAAACGUUUUGGUAAAAUAUUGAAGAAAGAAAGACAGGUGCGAGACAAAGAAGCUGCCGAGGGUAUAAAACGAACUAUACGGGAUGAUUUGAAAGAACUGCCCAUACCGGAACGCAUACAAUUCAUACAAAAAUCCGAUUGUUAUUUGGUGCAAAAUGAACUUCUAAAACACUUCCACAUGCAAGAGUUAUUCAAAAAGAAAUAUGAUCUUUUCUCGAGUACGGUCCUACAUGCCUUUGCCGAAUUGCAAUCUGUUGUCUUCCAAUUGCACUCACUGAAUGCAUUGCUAGAAUUUCCCUAUCAGGCACCACAAAUGUGCCAACUAUAUUGUGGCACCUUCCUAUAUAACCUUUACGACUUGUUCCGCAAUCGUUUAGAUAUUGAAUAUUAUGUUCGUAAUUUUAUUUUUAAAGAUUCCCAAAUGAUGUUUGAUUUCUAUACAUAUCUAUGGCAAUGGUGUGAACAGUUUAUACCCACAUGGAAACGUACAUCGGGGCAGGAAACUUUGAAAACAGUCAAUAAGAAAAUCAUGAAAAAGAAACGUCAAUUGGAAAGGAAGAAAGCUGCACAGGAAGUGGAAGCAGUUGAUCCCUAUGCCGAUAUGUUGAGCAGUACUGGAGAGGGUGAAGAUGAGUUUAUUGAUUUGAAUAAUAAAUUUUGUACUAUGUUAAAGGUUAGCUAAAAAAUGCAUUGAAGAAAUAACAAUUUUAGAUAUGUAUAACAAAAAAAGAAAACAUGUUUUAUAUUUUUAUAAAUACCUAUAAUGUUUUAAACAAAUAAUUGUUGAACUCUAAACCUCUUAUUUAGAGUUUUAAUGUGGCCCUAA